AUGAAUUUUGACAUCUCCGAAGACCUUCAAACCCACCUCCAUUCCCUCGACAAAUUUAUACGGGAUACAAUCCUCCCUCUUCAACAUUCCGACGGCAAUGUCCGAUUCUUCGACCACCGCCGCGAAUACUCCCCACGGGCCCGCAUCCUCGCCGACGAAGCAGGCUUCUACCGCUUCGCCCUCCCCAAAAUCUACGGGGGCCAAUCACAUCCCCAGACCAACGUGUGGAUGUCUAGCAUUCGCUUCUACAUGGCCUCACACCCACUCUAUGGUGGAGGACUUGGUCUGGCUAACGACCUCCAAAACAAGCAUAGCAUCGUAGGAGACUUGCCGGACGUCCAUAUGAUUCACCACUUUGGAACAGACCAGCAACGCCGCAAGCUCAUCCCGGCUCGUAUCAGUGGCGACUUCCGAGCGACAUUUGGUCUCACAGAGCCUAACCAUGGCAGCGAUGCGACUUUCAUGUCGACGGUCGCCAAACCUACUACUGAAGGGUUUGAAAUCAUUGGCUCUAAGAAAUGGCAGACUAGUGCCCACAACUGCACACAUUUAAUCAUCUUCGCACGCACAUCCGGCAAACCUGGCUCAGCAAAAGGAAUUACAGCUUUUCUAGUCCCCCGCGACACAUGA